GUCUUGACCCGCCUCCACGCUGUUCAGAGCCGUCCGCUCGCUUUGCUCUGCUCCUCUGAGGCCUCGCCCCUCCCAACUUCCUGCGUGCCUCGGAGGCUCCGCCUUCCCCGUAGGCCCCGCCCUCUCCUCAGCACACCAGGCAGCCUGGGCUCACGGGUACUCGCGUCUUGGCGCUCUCAGUCCUGGUGGCUCGCACGGUAUGCAAGUUGGUCCUCGGCAGGAUGGACAACACCUGUGAGAUGAAAUACAAAGUGUUGGACAGCCCCUUGGGGAAAAUAGAGAUAUCUGGUUGUGAGCAAGGACUGCAUGGGAUACGGCUGCUCAACCGGAAGACCCCUAGCACUGACCCCAUGGAGGCCCCAGCAAUUCCUGAGGCUCUCAGCAACUCAGAAGGAAUGACAGAGCCCCUGAUGCAGUGUGCAGCCUGGCUGGAUGCCUACUUCCACAAGCCUGUGGCCAUCGAUGGACUGCCCUUGCCUGCUCUCCAUCAUCCCAUGUUCCAGCAAGAUUCAUUCACCAGACAGGUGUUAUGGAAGCUGCUGAAGGUUGUGAAAUUCGGAGAAAUGGUUUCUUACCAGCAAUUAGCAGCCCUGGCAGGCAACCCCAAAGCAGCUCGCGCAGUGGGAGGAGCAAUGAGAAACAAUCCCGUCCCCAUCCUCAUCCCAUGCCACAGAGUAAUCUGCAGCGAUGGAACCAUGGGCAACUACACCGGAGGACGGGCUGUGAAAGAGUGGCUUCUGGCCCAUGAAGGCAAUAGGGCAGAGAAGCUAACCUGCAAGGAUCUGGGUCUGGCUGGAACCACACCCAGGGCAGCCAGUGGCACCACCAGCUCUCAACUUUCUGGCUGAAAUUGAGGGUUUCAUUGGCCCUGUCACAACAGGCUCGACAGAUGCCCCGAGGUGGCCGCUGACAGAGGCAGCAGGUCUCGCACCACCGUAGCUAUGUACUGCUCCGAGGCCAAGCUCUGCAGAGGCUGACAUGAAACAUGAAACACCAGCACGGGUCGCCUAGAGCCGCUCUGGCUUGAGGUUGCAGUGCUGCUUGUGAAAGCAAAGAGGAAAAGGAAAGGCAUAAAGACACAAAAAUAUUUUCCAAAUAAAAGAAAUGUUGAAACAAGGAAACUGUUCUCUGGCCUUGGCCCAGGGUGCCCCUGACCUGCCAGUCUGCCAGUCCAGCGCUGCGGUGCUUUGAAUGCUGACACAAAGACCUGUACAGCAUGACAACCACUGCCGCGCCUAUCAGCCAUGCUCUCGCCACUUUCAGAGACCAAGGUAAUGAAAGACUCAGAAACAAUAUUUGUUCUUGGGGAACCACACUUUAAUGGAGCAGAUGCCCCUGACCAGGCAGGAGGCUGCUUUGCAGAGGAAGGAGGGGAUGUUUCUCUCACAGCCUCUUCCCACGAGGGACACUAGGUGGGUAAACUUCACCCACUUCCCUGUGCUCUGUGGCACAUGAGGUGAUGAAAUGAAAGAGCUUAGGUCCUUACACCCAAAGAAGAAAACAUAAUUGUGCGAGUGUGGUUAUAAUAGUGUUGGCUGGUGCCCAAUCAGGAACUCUGAAGGGCUUUUAUGAGAGAGUUUGCAGAACUACAGGGGUGGUUGUUUUUUGCAAUUCCAAAACCAACAGUUGUAGGCAGUAGAUUUUUUGGAGGAAGCAGUGGCUCACCUUCUUGGUAAAUUAAUUGGAAUUUUAACUCUGACACUUCCUGCAUAGCAGACAACUUCCUAAACAACCCUCCCUGGUUCUCAUAUGCUGUAAGGACUUAAGCUCUUGCAUUUCAUCACCUCAUAUGCUGGAUGUCUAAAAUAUCUGGGUGACUCAAGUUUUUCCAGUAUCAAUCUUUUUCAGAUUAAAAAGACACAGAAAAGAAAAACAAAAAAAGCAAUACAGACAGACAAACAACAAUAAACCAAACACAAUAAUAGUAUAGGUUCACAAAACAGGAUGGAAGGAAUUUGAAAAUGGUUGUAAUAUUGUAUAUUGUUACCUUCAAGAGGGUUGCUUAGAUUAGCAGAUACAGACAUGUAGAACUGAUCUAAACAUAUGAAUAUUAACUGUUCUUUUCCAAUAAUUAAUAUAAUUAGUAGUAUAGUCAGUUUAGCUAUCAUAUAUAUAUGAGAUACACACACACACACACACAUUUAUGUCUUUUUCCCUUUCUCUUCCUUUUUUUCUCCUUUCCCUUAUUCUAAUCACUUUUUCCAGUAUCAGUCUUUCUUCCAUAGCUCUCUACUCCUGCCUGAUUGUUGCAAAUUCCAUCUGAAGGAGCCAAACACAUUCAACAUAGAUAUGUUCGUAUGAAAACCAUCUAACUUCAUUUCUUAGAUCAUUCGUGCAUACCAGUGUGAUCUUGAACUUAUUUUCUAUAAAAGUAUGGGGUAAGAACAAAGCCCUGUACACAGAUUGCUUAGAACCCUCCUUGGUAUAUGACUGCUGGAAGCCCCAAGUGAUUAGGGACAAUCUCAAGGGGGCUGUGCAGCAGGAUUUCUGCAGCCAGGAAAACCCCCAUAGGUUCUGUUGGAACCCCAGAUCUGUCUCCCAUCUUGUCCACUUUGUCUGUGGGUUCAUGGGCAGGUGUUGCCAACUUGGAUCUCACUACUAUCAGAAUGGGCAGGAAGUCACAGCUGAAUCCACAUAAAAGUUGUUCAUUUCCCUCUGGAACUUGCCAAAACUCUUAGUGCCAUUUGGGUUCAAACAGCACAUAGGACUCUGGAACAAUAGACAAAUCGGCUUAAUGUGAGCCACAUUUAGGAGAGUUUCUUUUACUCUAAAGAUUUUCCCAGAAGUCCAUUUGGGAAACUAAACCCCUUGCCUUGAGUUUCCUAUCACUGGGACAAGUUUGGAUUUCCAUAUAUCUUGUUUGUGUGUAUUUCCUUGCUGAUGUGUGGCAGUGGGGUUGCAGAGGGCACUUGAUGGCCCUCAUGUGGCAGAUUAAAUUUAUUUAGCCUCCCUCCA